GCGACAUCUGGCAUUGGCGGGAGACUAAACAGAGAGAGAGAGAGGCAUCCUCCACUGGCCUAUCAGCCAGCCAGUUCUAGCCAGUCACCGGGGAUCCCUAGCCACCGUUGGAACCCCCUUCCCCCUCUUCCUUCCCUCGUUCAAGCCACUUAGCCUCUCUGCCUCUCCUUUUAGUCUCUCAUCGGAUGGAUGGAUAUAGCACUGGAAUCCCCUCCGCAACCCGCCUCCAUUGGCUACCUCUGGGAUGGAUAGAGAUAUGAUAGCAAUGCAAUAGGACUGGGAUCUCCUCUUUGAGAACCAUUUGUCUUCCAUUGGCUGUAUAGAGAUAGAUAGAGAUACUGUGGUUAAAGGGAGGCACCUACAGUACCUAAGAGAUAGUUUCUACCUACGUAGCUACAAGCUUCCUACCUACUUAUAUAUAUAUAUACUGCUGUUCAGGGGAAUACCGUCUACUGCUGAAGGAAAUACAGUCGCUAUCAAACUAGCUGCUGUGACUGGGGAAGAUAUCACUGGGAGAUUCCAGAAAUUAGGAAGAGCCCACGGCGGGGGUCUAGGUGCUCGUCUUGGUGGGGGUUAUCGUUGAUCUGUCAUCUGUGACUCUGUGAAGAACCACCAAAGAGGCUAAAAGACCAAGAUAGAAGAGAUGGAGACAUGUCCGUUGGUUGCUGAGGAAAGAAAGCCUUGGUUUUGCCUAUUCAGACAGGGCUUCUGCUGAGGACAGCCAGGGGUAACAGCUACAGUAUAGCACCAUGCCUGAAGCCAACACCAUGCUCUGUGUCUCCUGGGGGUACAUCAAGUUCAAGAGGAUGUUGAACCGGGAGCUGACCCACCUGUCAGAGAUGAGUCGCUCCGGCAACCAGGUGUCAGAGUUCAUCUCCAACACCUUCCUUGACAAGCAGAAUGAGUUGGAGUUGCCGUGCCCUAUGGCCAAGACCAGGGAGAGGAAGAAGAGAACCCACCACCAGACCCAGCAGGGGGGUCAGACUCCGGGUCAAGGGACGAUGACCCAGAUCAGUGGGGUCAGGAAGGUCAGCCAAACCCCCGUGCUCCAAGGCUGCAGCGUCAGCCGCUUUGGGGUCAAAACAGACCAGGAGGACCUGCUGUCUAAGGACCUCGAGGACAUCAACAAGUGGGGUCUGAACAUCUUCAGGGUGGCCGAGCACUCCCACAACCGCCCGCUCACWUGCACCAUGUACACCAUCUUCCAGGAGCGAGACUUGAUGAAGACGUUCAAGAUCCCUGCGGACACAUUCGUGACCUUCAUGUUGACCCUGGAAGCGCACUACCACUCAGACGUAGAAUACCACAACAGCCUCCACGCUGCAGACGUGGCCCAGUCCACACACAUCCUGCUCGCCACACCCGCUCUGGACGCCGUCUUCACAGAUCUGGAGAUCUUGGCGGCCAUCUUUGCGGCAGCCAUCCAUGACGUGGACCAUCCUGGUGUCUCCAACCAGUUCCUCAUUAACACCAACUCCGAGCUAGCCCUGAUGUAUAACGACGAGUCGGUCCUGGAGAACCACCACCUGGCCGUGGGCUUCAAGCUGCUGCAGGAGGACAACUGUGACAUCUUCCAGAACCUGACCAAAAAACAACGCCAGUCCCUCAGGAGAAUGGUCAUAGACAUGGUACUGGCUACUGACAUGUCCAAACACAUGAGCCUGCUGGCGGACCUGAAGACCAUGGUGGAGACCAAGAAGGUGACCAGCUCUGGAGUGCUGCUGCUGGACAACUACACAGACAAAAUACAGGUGAUGCGUAACAUGGUUCACUGCGCAGACCUGAGCAAUCCGACCAAGCCCCUGGACCUGUACCGCCAGUGGACCGACCGCAUCAUGAACGAGUUCUCCCACCAGGGAGACCGGGAGAGGGAGAGAGGCAUCGAGAUCAGCCCCAUGUGUGARAAGCAUACGGCUUCAGUGGAGAAGAGCCAGGUGGGCUUCAUAGACUACAUCGUCCACCCUCUGUGGGAGACGUGGGCUGACCUGGUGCACCCUGACGCCCAGGAUAUCCUGGAUACCCUGGAAGACAACAGGAACUGGUACCAGAGCAUGAUCCCCCAGAGCCCCUCUCCCCCCUUCUGCACCGGAGAGGGGGAGGGAGAGGGCGGAGAAGGAGGUCACAAGUUCCAGUUUGAGCUGACGCUAGAUGACGGACAGGAUGAGGAUGGACAGAUAGGAAGGGAGGACGGCGAGAGGGGGACAGAAGGGGGACGGUCGCCAAUGGACCAGGGUGGAGUAGAGAUGGAGAUGCGUGGGGCUUCCCCCACAUAACAAGCCUUGACCGUGAUCUUUAUAAAAGCACCAGUUUUAGGCUGUGUUUGGCAUCUUGUUUUAUUGCAGUGGAGGAAUCCUGCAAUCUGGCUCUUUGGAGCUGCUCUGCCUGUGCGCGAGGGCCUGWCUGACUUAGGGCCCCUGCAGAAGAGGGUGGGGGACCCCAAUACUUGUUUUGGGAACUCUCAGAAAGAAGAUUAUGAUGAGUUGAAGAGAGUGAUGCCUUGAAGGAGUGCUGUUGAACUGCUGUGUGGCAGAAGUACCAUAUCUUGGUCCUUAGCCAGAUACUACAAUCUUUGCUCUGACAAAUAAAAUGAAGCUAAUUUACGCUAAGAGACAAUGGUGUUCAAUUGGGACAAGAUGAGAGACACUUGCACUUCAGAACGAUUGUUGUUCUUCGUGACUAUUUUCGGGUAUAUGUUCUGUUUUGUAACGGGAUUGGAUGGGAUGUUGCCGGGUAGCGUUCAAAGUUCAAGCUAGUGGUCCACAGGUAUUUGUAACACAGAAGGUUUACCCAUUUGUAACAGGUGUCUAAAGACUUUUGUGUGCCUUUUUUUAUGACAGUGUCUUUUGAAUGUAAUUUUAUAAUUUAUUUAACAGUUUUAAGUCGUUAUUAUAAAAUGUUUGUUUUCUACCCACAACUAAUCUAUUUGUCUCUCGAUAGAGAGAAAUUCUUCCGGUCUUCCUUAUGUCUUCUCAGCAAUAGUGUAUUCCGAAUUGUGCUUUGUGGACUUUCCAAAAUCGUGGGACUUCCCAGCACAAGUUGCACUUUUUUUUUGCAAGGGUUGAGAGUUAGAACAGUGUUUCAACUAAAGAGUCAGGUUAUUCUUUCAACGCCCAACUCAUAGCACUAUGCGCUCAACGUUAAACGUUACGUGUUAUCUCCCAAAUCUCAAGUCAAUAUUAACAAACGCCACAUAAGUUCGAUAUUCACAGCAAAGCUGUGGCAAACCUGCUCCUUAUUAUUUUACGUAUUUGCCUACCAUAAAGCAGUUAUCUCCAUCGUUCAAAUUUUCCCAGUGGGAAAAAUCAAUGAAAGUCAAUGUAAACUAUCCUAACCAAUAAGCUCCAAAGAUGACCUGAUAAAAGCACUUUAACAGCCAGAUGGAACUCAGUCCAGGUGUUGUGCCACAUCUGAUUAGCACUUAAAUAAAUAUCUUAAUAUUCUUUCGCCAAAACAUCUAAUUUUGAGUAUCUCCCUUCCGAGAAUGGAAGUCCAGUAGAUGGAAUCUAAUUCAUGCACAGUAUUAAAGACAAUUAAGGCCCAUCAAAUUAACCAUUGAGUGGUUUCUUUCCAAAGAGAAAGAGAAACAUCCCACGUCACAUGAUAUUUUGAAGCCCUAGACUAGCCUUGUGACGGUCAACCAAUGUCAAAAAACAAACCUCCAUACAACAAUAUUUGACAUCAGAUGAUGAUAUACUUUUGGUUGCCAGGUCCCUCUUGAGGUGUCCACCGCUAACAAACACAUCUCUCGAGGUUUGGCAGAAAUCACAGAGCAACAAACACAAUGAAACUAAACCAAAAACAAAUAGCAUCUUUUUAAAAGGUGAUUCAUUGUUAAUUUAAUGUCACCUAAAAGGUCCCCUGUAGGAAGUGGAGAUACUGAAGUGAAAUGUUUAAAAAAUAAUAAAAWAAUCCACGAUUUCUGUCCAGCACUUUGACGAGCUGGAUAGCUCAGCACCUAGUUGCUCUUCUGUCAACAAUACAUCUAAAUGGUACUGCCAUGGAAACUGCACCACUCAGCUUCUACAGUGUGGGGAGAUCAGCUUAUCAUCACUAGAUGACAAUACUUCCCUUGUUGACUGUGUGUGUGUGUGUGUGUGUGUGUGUGUGUGUGUGUGUGUGUGUGUGUGUAUGAGGAUAACUUAGCUGCACAAUCUCCUCUUCCAUGCACCUAGUCCUAUGUCAAUCCAUGAACUGUUUGAAACAGUGUAUUUAUGACUUUGAUCUGUAAAUAGAAUCAUAUUCACAAAAAGUAUGUUUGGUAUAAUUUAUAUGCACUACCAUUACCUGUCGAAACAAGUGAAAUAUUUGUAAUAAUGUAUAAUACUCAAGUUUUUGCAGAUUUCCACAGAACAUUCUUAAACAUCUGUGUUACUUGGCAGAAAACUGAGGUGGUUGGCAGAAACGUAAUUCCUCGGUUUCCAUUGUUUUCCUGUUAURUGGAGCCAUAUGAAGGCUACAUUGAACCUAUAUGAUGUAUGGUGACGGGUCAUUGUACAGCUAGCUGUAUGUUUAUUGAAAUAUUACAUUGUUUAAGAUGUACCGAUAUUUCCCAUGUGUUUCUCAGAAGUCUCACACAAUGCAUGGCAAGGUAUUGUAUAUUGUGUUCAACAAAUCUUUUUUAUGAAAUUAUUAAAAUGAGCAUGAAUUUACACUAUG